AUGUCUUCCAAAUUAAGCAAAUAUGAGCCUAUUGAGCCUGAAGAUAUCACCCGCUCGAGAUAUCCUAUAACACAGCGAACACCCAAGCUCAUAUGGAUUGUGUUCGCCGCAUCUAUCGCCAUCUGUGCUGCGGCCAUUACUUUCUUAGCAGUAGAAAUCCGAUGGUACUCGGUUACAACCUACAUGCAGUCGCCCUAUCCGCAGUUUGAAUCUCAAAAGUACACAUGCGGCAAUUCGACCGAGGAAGCAAAACGAAGAGGGUGUACCUUUGACGUCUUAUCUAUGAACUGGCUUCCAGAACAGUGUGCUCGCGACGAGACACAGGAGUUUAUCGAUUACGCAGUCAACGAGACCUGGGUUUACUAUCGGGAUAGACAUGCAGAACAUCCAAUCGAGGGUGCGGAUGAGUUGUCGGAGUUGGGGGAUAAAUUUUGGUGGUCAACGCAGAGGGAGCACCUGGUGCAUUGCGCAUUCAUGAUCUUGAGGCUCCACAAAGUCCUCGAGCGAGGUGGGAAAAUUGAUCAUCUAACGGGGAGCUUUGGUCAUACAAAGCAUUGUGUGAUGAUGUUGUUAGAGGCCAGCAAGGCGGAUCCCGAGAAUGACAAGGUAAACACGCCUGGAAAUAUUGCUCUUGGGUCAUGUUGA